GAGAGAGAGAGAGAAAGGCAGAGAGAGGGUGCUCCUCCAUUCAUCAUUGAUCCACUGCAGGACUGUUUCAGGGGGUGUGAAUUAUGGGCCCCUGUUGUCACCGUGCCUGCUCUGCGCUGGACAUUUCACCUCGCCACUGUAAAUUUACAAAAGGGAUUACGUUCUGCUGACCAGUGAUUUCAGAGCCGUACCCGAACCCUCCCCUGCAUGACAGAGGACUUCAUUGCAGGGUUUGGUGUUUAUUAUUAUCUUUACAUCUAUUUUUUACGAGGGUCUCGAACAAGGCAGUCGGGAGAGAAAACGGAUCUGGACAACAGACAACCUCAGUAAGUCGCUGUUUACGCAUUGAUGAAACCGGCUCCUACUCCCUAAGGAGGGUGUGCGGAAUAAAAAAAAAAAAAAAAACGAUUUGUAGUUGCCUGGGCGUUUUGGACGCGCUCCGUAUAAACGGUGAUGCCUCGGCGACGCGCCGGAGUCGCAGAAGGAAGAGGCAGGUGAGGUGCGGCUAAGGAGCGCUAUUCCAGACUACAGCCUUGGAUACCAGGAGAGCUGCUGCAGCCGUCACCCUUUUCUCCGCUGAGGGAAACGAGAGCGACAGAGAGGGCGGGUUGGCACCUGCUCCAGCCUCCCCAUACCUGGCCAUCUGGUGCGUGCAUGUGUGCUGCUGCCAUGGCAACAGUGGCUCCUCCCCUAGCGCUUCUCCUCCUGCUGCUUCAGCUGGCUGAUGGCUCAUUCCCAGAGGAGCCAGGUCCACUCAGCUACGUCCCCAUAGAGGUGGUGAGGAGAUACCCCGUGUUCCUGGGCAGAGCUCAUCGUUCCGCUCAGAGGCAGGAGCUCCACAUCCAAACGGUCCUCCAAGUCAACCGCACGCUGUACAUCGGAGCCAGGGAUGACUUGUACAGAGUGGAGCUGGACAACAUGGCAGGCGAAGAGAUGUUCUACAGCAAGAAAAGGACCUGGGAGUCCAACAAGAACGACAUCCGGGUGUGUCGGAUGAAGGGCAAACAUGAGGGAGAGUGUCGUAAUUUCAUCAAGGUCUUGCUCAGCCAGCACGAUGGCCUGUUUGUAUGUGGAACAAAUGCUUACAACCCACUGUGUGCCAACUACACUCGAGACACUCUAGAAAUGGCAGGGGAGCCCGUCAGCGGGAUGGCCCGGUGUCCGUAUGAUCCCCGACACGCUAACGUGGCGUUAUUUGCAGAUGGAAGUCUUUUUACCGGCACUGUGACAGAUUUUCUGGCCAUUGACGCGGUGAUCUACCGAAGCCUCGGCGACAGCCCAGCUCUCCGCACAGUGAAGCACGACUCUAAAUGGUUCAGAGAGCCCUACUUUGUGAGUGCCAUGGAGUGGGGGCCUCAUAUUUAUUUCUUCUUCAGAGAGAUGGCUAUGGAGUUUCAUCACCUAGAGAAGGUUAUGGUAUCCCGUGUAGCACGCGUGUGUAAAUCAGACUUGGGUGGGUCUCAGCGUGUCCUCGAGAAGCAGUGGACUACAUUCCUAAAGGCACGCCUCAACUGCUCCAUCCCGGGAGACUCCCAUUUUUACUUCAACCUCCUUCACGCCACAAGCAACAUCAUCCAUAUGCAGGGACGGGACGUCAUCCUGGGUCUCUUUUCCACACCCCCAAACAGCAUCCCAGGCUCUGCAGUUUGUGUGUUCGACAUGCAACAGCUCGCUCAUGUUUUUGAGGGCCGAUUUAAGGAGCAAAAAUCCCCAGAGUCUAUUUGGACACCUGUACCGGAUGAGGCAGUGCCUAAACCAAGGCCUGGCGGGUGUGCUGUGCAGGGAUCCAGAUUUAGUACAUCAACAACAUUGCCAGAUGAGGUACUGAACUUUGUGAAGACCCAUCCGCUGAUGGACGAGACUGUACCCCUGCUGGGACAUAGACCUUGGGUGGUCAAGACUAUGGGAAGGUACCAGUUGACAGCCAUGGUGGUAGACACAGAAGCAGGCCCCCACAAGAACCGCACUGUCUUGUUUCUGGGCUCCACCCGAGGGACCAUCCUCAAGUUCCUAAUGAUUGCUGGUGGAGAUUCAUUCUCCCACGGCAGCGUGUUUUUAGAGGAAGUGGAGGGAUUCAACCCAGAGAAGUGUGGUGAGGACUCCCCUCAGGCCCGCCAGCUCCUGUCCCUGACUCUGGAUCGCACCAGCCACACUCUGUUGCUGGCCUUCCCCUCCUGUCUGGUCAGGCUGCCCACGUCGCGCUGCCACCUGCAUUCUCGCUGCAUGAAGAGCUGUCUUGCCUCAAGGGAUCCAUACUGUGGGUGGACCAGAGGCAGUACCUGCUCCUUUCUUAGACCGGGGACAAGAAUCCCCUUUCAGCAAGAUGUGGAAUAUGGAAACACCACCUCCCAUCUAGGAGACUGCGAUGGAAUUCUACAGCAGAGUUUGUUGAUUGAACCAGAGAGCCUGGUCUCCCUCAACCUCCUCGUCGCGUCCGCAGUCUCGGCCUUCACCAUCGGGGCAGCUCUCUCCGGGCUGGCCGUGUGCUGGAUCAUGGCCCACAAGCCUGCCAACCGCCGCCACGGCAGCAGCUCCCAGUCCUCCAUCCAGCGGCGUGAGAGGGGCCUGCUGAGUAACUCGGGCGGGAUGGCCGGCUCGGUGCUGAGUGUCACGAGGCAGGGAGGUGGGGAGCGCUCGUGCACGCAGGGUGGGGAGACCCUGUUCGUCAUGCCCAACGGCUGGGUGAAAUCGGGAGAACUCGACCCAGGGUUCCUACCCACUCCUGAACACACGCCGCAGCAGAAACGCAGAGGCCUGCGACUGUCCGACUCCAACUCCGGAGGCUGGGACACCAGCCAGACGUACCUGGGCGGAGGGUCUGUGGGUCUGGGCUCGCCCUGCCGCAUGCCCCCCUCUGUCUACCUGACCACUAGACUCUUUCAGCAGGGCGGAGGAGGGAGACAUGGCGGUGAGGGACGGGGGAACGACACACCACGCCAGCAUUACGUCUGCUUAAGCAAGCAAGAAAAAGGAGGGAAGGGUACACCUAGAGCCCCCGUCAGGAAGUCUGCUGGAGAAUAUGUCUACCCCAUGACCCCCCAGGACUCUCCUGAGCGCCGGAGGGUGGUCUCGGCACCCAGUGCCCCCGUUGAGUACAGCGAGCCGCUGCCCUUACGUUGGCCUGCCCCAGAAGGAUACAUCCUCAGCAGCCACGGGAUGGUCCCCGUCCCCCUGCCGCCGCCCACCAUGCCCCCUCCCGGUGGUCAAGCUUACAUGUCCCAGCAACACACACCGGGGCUGAGCAGGGCUCUGCUGAGGGGUGCUCUGGAGCGGGGGGAGCUGGGGGAGCUGGUGGAUCUCAGCCAGCUAAUGAGUAAGAAAAACUGCAGUGAUAGGACUCAGGCAGGCCAGUGACUGUGGAGGAAGUGAAGCAUUCCUUCCAUGUGUGGAGCCCUCCGUAAAAUGUCCAUAGAUCUCUCCUUUCUCCUCAUUCUGUCAAUCCCUCUCUCUACCCUUUCCAUCUUCGACUCCCCACAUCUAUAUUUCCUUGUCACCCUGCUCCCACUCUCCUUCCACUCUCUCAGGCGAACCUCUUCACCCCGUAACGAGUCUUUGCCUUCAACUGGCUGCUGGCUCUGCCACUCAUAUCCUGGCUAACAUUAAUUGGUCAGACGGACUGAGGUUGUUGCUGUGUCUGCAAUGCAGAGUUGCCUUUCUCUCCAGCUCUCGGGAUGAGGGAGAAGAGGGGCUGGAGGGCAAAGAUAGGCGGAAAGAAAACCAAACAGGGGGAACCAAGGAUAAGGACAGAGAUUUAUAGAAUGCCUUUCUUCUGCAAACCGACUGGAUGCUUUGUCCCUUCUCUAUAACAUUGCCAAGACUGCCAGCCAUCUGUUCCUAAGUGUAUUUCCUGUUGCUCUGAUUGCCAACAAGGGACUUGAAGCAAAACUGCAAACUCUGAAUGCUAUUAAAGUAUCUAAAGCUCGAGGUGAAUCAACAGGCGGGCGUUCUGACAGAACAGAUGAGUCUAAGCAAAUCCCUCCCCGAUUCCCUUUUUAUAGUCCUUCACCUUGCUACAUACAUACAGCUCUUGCUUACACAUGCUUGUACAGGUGGGUUCCUAGUAUUCUAUAGAAAAGCAUGACUUGUGUGCCAAAUGCCUCUAACGCGUCUCGCAGGGAUACUGGACCAUAACUCACGCCUGUGGAGAGCAGAGUGCAGGACUGAAGUGUCAGCAUUAUUCCUGCCAACUGCACCCUCUGUGUAAUGACAGCAUCUCAGCUGCACCCCCCCCCCAUUCCAACCCCCCCCCCCCUCACCCCACCCCAACUCCAUUCUCUUUAAUGACCAAUGAUUCCUCAAGGACGCCUGGUGGGGCUGUGCCACACCACUGGACUGACGAGGAAAACCGUACCUGCAUCGAAAGGAAAAAGGGGGGAAAACAGAGGUGUUGUUCUGGAAAGAAACUCAAAUAACUGCAAUAUAUGAAGACCUUUUCUGUCGCUCCAGGUUCAUUUUCCAUUUGAACGCUUGGUUUAGUGCUAUUUAUAGAACCCAGCUUUGAUUUGAGUGGGCAAAUUUCCUUUGCAGGCUUACAAGCGGGUUCAAGGUCCUUUUAGAUGCGAUACAGUGCAAAGCGACAGUUACACUGAUAAUGAUUGAAACCUCGGGUUUAACUCGGAGGCAUUGGGGGGGGGGGGGUGGAAAUGUUCCCAGCCAGCAAAUGGAACUGUAUUUUCAGCCUAUCAAAGUGUCCGGCACCAUGAAGCAGUCCACAUUUAGCACUACGCUCUGCAGCUUCAAAUUACGGCAGAGACUGAAGAUACAGGGCUGGACACCUUUAGUGGC